UUUUCAGAUAAUCAGUAACGAUAUGUUUAUUUCAUUUGAUGGAGUGAUCAUUUAUCGUUGCCCAAUAUGCUAAGCUCGUUCAAAGAAUAGGAGUGCAGUUCGAAUGUUUUGAUUAUUGAUCUUUUCCUGCACCCUGCAUUUAGGCCUGGUUGCGAGAUAAUUGCAUUUUUUGUUUGUUUGUUUGUUAAAAGAGAUCAAAUAUAAGAGCUGUAUAAAAGGGUUUUGAUUGACACUCUCAGAGGGUUAUUAUUUAUCAAUAUGUUUAUUAUUCUGGGUGUAAUUUGUAGUGGUGUCGAUAUGCACUGCAUCAUACUGGGAGCUGUUUCUAAUAUUUUGACACACAUGGACUGUAGCAAAAGGCGGUAACAGGAACAGUACUUGUAAUGAUCAUCGCUGGUGAAAAUGACCACAAGCUUUUGCCGUUUCAUCCACUGUUACAUCAUAAAUUAUUAUAAGUAUUGUUGUAAAACACAACAUAUGUGUAUACUUGCUCGCUUAAAACCUGCAAAUGUUGCCCGGUCAGCUGAGUUGAGUGGGCAGGUACUUGAAUAAUGAGUUAACUUUUUACGUCACAAAUAAAUGGAAAUAUGAUGCAGUCGUUUUGCAAGCCUCAUUGCUGUUGAUUGACUUUUGCCUUCAAUGGACAAAGCGCAUAGAUGUCAAACUUAAUGUCACAGACUCAUUUUGACCUAUGUUAAGCAUAAAACAGUAGGAAAAAAAUGGAUUGUGAUGGAAGGGGAUCUUCAGGUUUCACACGUCUCCCUCCCUGUUGUGUUGAAAACAAUUGUUGCGGUCCGAAAAGUAUUUUACACAUCGUAGCCGGCGCUGAAGACAUCACACUUCUAAUUAUCAAAUUGCAGGAUGUCGUUCCAUUGUGUAAAAGCAUACAUAGUUCCUUUGGCUCUUUUGAAAGAAUUAUUAUUAUUAUUAUUAUUAUUAUUAUUCAUUCAUUUUCCAUACCGCUUGUCCUCAUUAGGGUCGCAAGCAUGCCGGAGCCUAACCAAGCUAUUUUCGGGAGAGUAUUGCUAUUAUUAUUAUAAUUAUUGUUAUUAUUUUGAGCUCCUGUUUCCUUGCCAGUGUUGCUUGUUGUUUCUCAGAAUAAUGCUGCUGUCGUAGUGCAGAUGUAGCUCAGGCUGCAAACUACUUGAGAUGUAGCCGAUGAAAUGGAGUAUGACGAGAGACUGGCACAAUUCCGCCAAACCCGCCUCAAUCCCUUCGAUCGAGGAGAGAAAGACGAUGGUCCCCAAAGGGGAAGGACGCCCCCACAGCAAGAAACAAGACAAGAGCUGUUUACUGGGACCAGAAUCCAAAGUUCAGACGGAACCAUGGAUCUUGGUCUAGCUGAGGACCACUUCUCCAGACCUGUGGGUUCAUUUGUGGCCUACGACAUAGAGCAGUUAAAACUGGCCAUUGAGGAAUGCAAGAAGCUGAUCGUGGAGCUGCCAGAACACUCAGAAAGACAAAAGGACACGGUGGUGAAACUGAUCCAUCUUCGGCUUAAACUGCAGGAGCUGAAGGAUCCAGAUGAGGAUGAGCCUAAUCUGAGAAUGGUUCUAGAGCAUCGAUUCUCUAAAGAAAAGAGCAAGAGUGUCAAACAAACCUGUGACAAAUGUAGUACCAUCAUCUGGGGCCUCAUCCAGACAUGGUACACCUGCACAGGUUGCUAUUACCGCUGCCAUAGUAAGUGUAUGAACCUAAUCACUAAGCCCUGUGUGAGGUCAAAGGUCAGCCAUCAGUCCGAGUACGAGCUCAGCAUCUGCCCCGAGAUCGGACUGGACCGCCAAGACUAUCGUUGUGCGGAAUGUCGGGCACCGAUUUCACUGAGGGGUGUACCAAGUGAGGCCAGGCAGUGUGACUACACUGGCCAGUAUUUCUGCAGCACGUGCCACUGGAAUGACACAGCCAUCAUCCCAGCACGAGUUAUCCACAACUGGGAGUUUGAACCACGCAAGGUUUGUCGAUCCUCACUGCGCUACCUGGGCCUGAUGAUGUCACGGCCUGUGCUGAAGCUGAAAGAAAUCAACCCGCUGCUCUUUAACUUUGUGGAGGAACUUGUUGAGAUAAGAAAACUGCGUCAUGAUAUUCUACUGAUGAAACCCUAUUUUAUUACCUGUAAAGAGGCAAUGGAGGCUCGACUUCUACUUCAGCUUCAGGACCGCCAGCACUUUGUGGAAAACGAUGACAUGUACUCGCUACAGGAUUUGAUUGACAUCUCCAGUGGCCGACUGAGCUGCUCCCUCACAGAAGUCCACACCACAUUCGCGAAACACAUCAAGCUGGAUUGCGACCGUUGCCAGGCCAAAGGCUUUGUGUGCGAGCUGUGCAAGGAGGGAGACAUCCUCUUUCCUUUUGACAGUCACACCUCGGUUUGCCACGACUGCUCAGCCGUCUUCCACAGGGAUUGUUACUACGACAACUCGACAACGUGUCCACGGUGUGCCCGGAUGACUGAACGCAAACAGGAUGACGACACAAAAGAUGCCUGAAGGACCACAUGAAGGAACUUGAGGUUGCACUUGGCUGAACGAGGUUGUGUACAUAGAGGAAACCUGGUUGAGUAGCAAGCAACUAACAUUUUGUCAUCUCCUGCUUUAUUUAUCAUCCUGCACGUUACAUGCAGGAAUUAAAAGCGCCAAUAUUAUUUAGCUUGAAGAUUGGUUCAAAUAAAAUCUGAAUUGUAAAGAUGAAGAUGCUACAUAUCCAGUGCUGGUCCAUCUAUUUAACACGAAGCAAAAUGUAUGCAUUUUUGACAUUCAAAGUUACAGGGUUGUUUGUCUAUUAUUCCUCAUAACUUGAAUUAUAGUAUAAAUGUGCUAGUUUUAGUAAGGAUACAUAUAAAGGUGCGUUAGCUUGCAUUCCAUAUGGUGACUUAGUUCCAGAGAGAUGUACCCAAGUGUAUCAAAUCCAGUAGAUGUGAAUACUUGUGCACAAUGUGUGCCUAUGAGAUUUGUCAGGUUACAAGAAGCUGUUAACCAAAUGUCACAAUACUCUUGGCAAUGUGUUAAUGGUUUUUAUCAUAAUAUACCUAAAUCACAUUUUAGCCAAAGGAUGUCAGAAGACACCUUUGAUGAUGUGGAAAUGUUGACCUAAUAUAUUUGUUUUAAAAUAAUGACUCUUUGCUGUGUUAUUUUUCAGCAUGAUGCACUUACUUUUUUUUUUUUUUUUUUUCUCAAAACAAUGGACAUCCGUGGUGUCAGUGAAUCCGAUUCUGUUGUAAAAAUCAAUGUUUUGAGUGACGCAUGAAUAAAAUAUUGUAAUAUUUGAA